AUGGUCUUCCCCCACAACCUAUGCAGCCGACAGAUGAUUCGCGAAAAGACAUGCCCGAAAACUCUAACAGCCCAGAUUGAGUACAAGCCGCCGACGUUGGGGCUGGAGUAUGUGGUGCAAUGUGAUGCUGGUUUCACUGUUCCCGAGAUCCUGAACGGACAUGCGCGCAGCCCAACUACGAUCCCGUGCAUCCCGAGUCUCCACCAGUACGCUGGUCUCGGCAAAGACGAUUUGAUCAAGGGACGCUCGAUGUUCGCUGACGAAGACAUCCGCCCAUCAAAUCCAACGGCCGCGGAGCAGUGGAAAAGCUACAAGUGGUGCAUGCCGCAACAGCUGGGAAUGGAAGACUGCCUUCCACCACCACUCAAAAGCCACCAG